UAUUACACAAAUAUUAUUUUCAGCACUAUUUAAAUGUUGUAAGCUACUGUGGUUAUAGAUCAGUUAAUAUAAAACUACCGGCCUGUUGUGAUCUAUUGGAUGAUACUAAUAAAACCGUAUACUAUUAUAGUUUUAAAGUAACUGUUAUAACAGUAAAAUUAGCUCGUGAUAAUGCAUAUUUUAAUUGCUUCGUGUAUAUUAAUUGUUUGCGGAAUUGUUGAUGCAACUUUUCAUAACCAAAGAGGUCAACGAUUUAAUCAGUUGAUCCAAAGGCGGCAGAGAUCUUUAGAAUUCCCAUAUCCUUAUGGAUAUAAUUAUAAUCCAAUAGAGCCAUCAAUUGACGUCUUGGAUAGUUCAAUUGAUAUAUAUGAUUCCAAAAUAAACACAUACAAACCAAUACACGAGUAUGUCAAAAUGUCUACUCGUGGUGCCAGUUAUGUACCAACUUUUUAUUAUCCCCCGAAUUCUCUCUAUGAUUCCGACUACACUCCCGUACAAGACAUUCCUAAGUUAAUUCCGGAUAAGAGCUAUGAUUAUAAAUACAUCGCUUCACCAUCAAACAAAUAUCUAUCACAGUUAUCAACACCAGAAAGUAACAUUGCUAUUAACCUAUUAGCUAACAGUAAGGCAUCUGUCUUAAGCUACGAAAUUCCAGCUUACCAAUCUUCGAGCAAAGCAGAAUCUGGAUUGAACUUUAAUUCAAAAAUUUUAAAUACCAUCUUCAUAAAUUCUCAGUCAGUAGAAACGAAUCCAGAGAUUUCAAAAGUAUCAUCUCCUUCAGUAGUAAUAUUAGAAUUAUUACCUGAAAAAUUAGAACAAGAAUCGACCACCACGACAAUAGAAAAUCUAUAUGAAACUAUGAAUUUCAUCGAAAAACUAUUAGAAAAACAACCAAUUUUGAUACAAAAUUCGGUUAUAGAUGAAUCGAGUUAUGCUGCAGAAACCACAACAGAAAACGAAUCGAACUCUAUGGUGUUCAACGAAAACCCAACUGAAAACCAAUUGUAUUCUGUUGCAACAGAAGACGAAUCAAACUCUAUGAUUUUCGACGAAAACUUAACUGAAAACCAAUCCUAUUCUACUACAACAGAAGACGAAUCAAACUCUAUGGUUUUUGAUGAAAACACAACUGAAAAUCAAUCGUAUUCGAUUACAACAGAAGACGAAUCGAAUUCUAUUCCAACAGAAGACGAAUCAAAUGCUAUUGCAACAGAAGACGAAUUGAAUUCUAUUCCAACAGAAGACGAAUCCAAUUCUAUUACGACGGAAGAAAACCAGACUGAACACGACGAAUCAAAUCCGGAAACAUUAGUUUCUGAAAUAAACGAUGACGUAUUUAAUGACGAUUGGUCUACGAAAUCUCAAAAAAAUAGUGAUUUAGAAAUAAUGGAACUUUUGCAACGUUACAAGAAAUUAGAAGAACAAAUGAAACCCAUGUUUAUGACCGACAUUAGCUCUGCUACAGACGCUACAGUACCAUCAAGUUUAGCAAGUGAUGAAAAUAAACAGUUGGAGCUACGAGUCCCGGCCUUUGAAGAAACUGAGACAUCAGAUGAAUAUCAAUAAUAUUACUUAUUUAAAAUGAAAUAUAAUAAUAUUUAAUAUCUUAUAAUUAUAAUAUAUUAUUAAUAUUCUUAUUUAUUUGCAAUUGUUUAAGAUAAGAUAUUUUAUCAUGAAAACAUUAUUAUCCUUCUCUUUAUAACAAAACUAUUAUGAUAUCUUUAAGUAUAAUGCGACCUGUACUUGUUAAACAGUAUAUUAUACAUUUAUACAAUAUACAAUUAUACAUAUUUUCAUUUUUUUACCAUAUUGAAAUACAUACUGUUAAGCAAAAAAGUUAA